AUUUUCAUCUCUGUGCCUGCUUCUUCGCAGUUACAACCUCCAACCUUCUCUUUCGUUCGAUAUUCAAGCCGGCGGAGGCUGAGUGCUAUUACCGGUGGCGAUGUAUCUCCGGCCGUCAUCUCGAACUGAGGUGAGGAAGAAGGGGUACAAAACUGGGGUGGACGUUGAAGAUGCGAGGAGAAGGAGGGAGGACAAUUUGGUCGAGAUUAGGAAGAACAAGAGAGAGGAUAAUCUCCUGAAGAAGAGAAGGGAAGCGCUCCUCAAAACGGGCCAGGAGCUCAAUCCUGCCUCCCAUGGCCUCCCUGCGAUGGACAAGAAGUUGGAAAACAUUCCUGCACUGAUUCAACAAAUAUGGGCGGUAGAUACUAACAUGCAAUUGGAAGCUACAACCCAGUUCCGGAAGCUUUUAUCAAUUGAGAGGUGUCCACCUAUUGAAGAGGUUAUCAAGGCAGGUGUUGUUCCCCGGUUAGUGGAAUUUCUCUCAAGAUCAGAUCUUCCACAAUUGCAGUUUGAAGCCGCAUGGACUUUAACCAAUGUGGCUUCUGGGACUUCAGAGCAUACAAGAGUUGUCAUUGAUCAUGGAGCUGUUCCGAAAUUUGUGCUACUUAUGAGUUCUCCAAGUGAUGAUGUUCGGGAACAGGCUGUAUGGGCAUUGGGGAAUGUAGCUGGGGAUUCAUCAAAUUUUAGGGACUUUGUUCUUCAGAAUGGUGCACUUCUUCCUUUGCUAGCUCUGUUAAAUGAAAGGUCAAAAAUCUCAAUGCUUAGAAAUGCGACAUGGACCCUAUCCAACUUAUGUCGUGGCCAACCUCCUGCGCCUUUUGAGCAUACUAGAGCUGCACUUCCAGUAUUACAACGCCUUAUCAAUUCGACUGAUGAAGAAGUUCUGACAGAUGCUUGCUGGGCUCUCUCAUAUCUGUCUGAUGGAAAUAACGACAGAAUCCAGAGUGUGAUUGAGGCAGGAGUCUGCCCAAGGCUUGUUGAACUUCUACUUUAUCCAUCUACCACAGUUGUUGUACCUGCUCUUAGGACUGUGGGGAAUAUUGUCACCGGAGAUGAUUCUCAGACACAGUGCAUCAUAAAUGAAGGGGCACUCCCUUGCCUCUUUCAACUCCUCACGCAAAAUUACAAGAAGAGCAUCAAGAAGGAGGCAUGCUGGGCCAUGUCAAAUAUCACUGCUGGCACCAAACACCAAAUACAGGCUGUUAUUGAUGCAAAUAUUAUUAGUCCUUUGGUUCAACUGUUGCAGCAUGCUGAAUUUGAGAUAAAAAAAGAAGUUGCUUGGGCUAUAUCUAACGCUACAUCUGGGGGUACCAAUGAACAGAUCCACUAUUUGGCAAGCCAGGGGUGCAUAAAGCCAUUGUGUGAUCUCUUGAUCUGCCCUGACCCGAGAAUUGUAUUAGUUUGCCUGGAGGGCCUGGAGAAUUUAUUAAAUUUAGGCGAGAUUGAGAAAGAUGCAGGUAGGACUAAUGGGAUAAACAUCUAUGCUCGAAUCAUCGAUGAGUGCGAAGGUUUGGAUAAAAUCGAGAGCCUUCAGGGCCACGAUAACGCCGAGAUCUAUGAAAAGUCUGUGAGGAUCCUGGAGAAGUACUGGAUCGAAGAGGACGAGGAAGUGACCGCCGGCGAAGCCGGUUUUCAGUUUGGACAUGGAGCUCCACCCAAUCCACCCCCUGGAGGCUUCAAAUUUCCCAUCAGAUAAGCCUGAAACUCCCAUAUUUUCAGUUUCAGAGCUUGACUACUAUUAUGAUGUUUACCAGAUAGAAAAGCCAGUGUUUUUGGUCUGGCUUCUUAUGGUCUAUCUCUUAAGGCACUUCUGUUCUUUUCUGUCAGAGUUAAUUUGUUAUUAUACUUGGGCGUUUCUGUUUUGUUCUAUUGUGUCUAUGAACUUUUUCUCCACUUGCAAGCCAAGUUUUUUUAUUUGAUCAAACAAUGGAAAUAAUCUCUUUUGCUUCCUGUAAAUUUCUGAAGUGCAACAGUAUACCUGAUUAGUUUCAUAAUGGCCAUUGUGCCUGUGGUUCAGUCCC